AUGGCCGAUACUCUGGCGAAAGCUCAAGAAGAUGCGAUGUUAUGCAGUAAAGUGAGUAUUGGCUUUUGUUAUUUUUCUAUUUUUAGGUCAAAAAGUUCAUGUACCUCUAUUACGAAGCGUUGGACACGAGGAAAGAGAAGAUCCCAUAUCUCUACACCAGCGACAACCCUCAACUCAUCUGGAAUGGCCAUAAUGUCCAAGGAAUUGACAAUAUCAGCCGAUUUGUCAACGAAUUGCCAGUUACGAGACAUACGUAAGGCUAAAAUAAUAUAAAAAUUUUUAAAAAAGUCUCCGAAAUUGCAUCAUUUUUACAAAGUUUAUCAACAAAUGACCCCCGAAAUAAAUAGUCGAUCAAUUUUUAUCAAAAAGAAUUUUUUUAUUUUAUCAUUUUUUCAGCUUCUUCUCCAUUGACCCCCAACCUUUGAAGACGGCCGGCCCGGAUUGGGCAAUGGUGUCGGUGAUGGGCGAGGUCUCAAUCGGCGGCCUUCAACAGGCAUUCACACAUGUUUUCGUCCUCAACACCGAGUCCAACACCUUCCACAUCAAAAGCGACCAGUACCGAUUCAUCGACUAG